UUGGCAUUGUAUGCUGUCAGUUCAAACUGUGCUGCUCUGGUCGGCGGAGCUGCUGUUGGCUAGCUAAAGAACUUGUGAAGGUUUGGUCAUGUUGGUUCACUCGCAGCACAUAUGAGAUUUGGAUGUUACAGCUGCUUUAUUCCAGAUUCUAACUCUAAACAGGAUUCUUUUCGACAACCUCGUCUACAAUUUCCAUGAUUUCGUCUAACGCGCUAGCUAAUUAGCUCGUGCUAAUUUAGCUAGCUAGCUACGUGUGUAGUUGUUAACUAGACCGACGUCACCGGAUGCUUAACUUCCGCGAAUGGUAAAAGUAUCAGACUGAAAUUUAUCGAGUAAAUUUAAAUCGUACUACAAUAAUGUCUCGGAGGCGGCUUGACAGUCGAAGUGGAUCCACAGGACUGUUGGGGGAAACGCAAACCCCGAUCAGUACGGAGCCUUUGGAGGGUGUCUACGAAAUAACCGGCGAGUUGGGGAGGGGGAAGUUUGCGGUGGUGAAGCGCUGCGUGGAGAAGGCCACGGGGAAGGUGUUUGCGGCCAAGUUCCUGCGGAAGCGGCGGAGGGGGCGUGACUGCCGGGCGGAGGUGGUGCACGAGAUGGCUGUGCUGGAGGCAGCUCGCCACAACCCCCGAGUGGUCAACCUCCACGCUGCCUACGAGAUGGACCACGACAUCGUGCUACUGCUGGAGUACGCGGCGGGGGGAGAGAUAUUUGACCACUGUGUGUCUGAUGAGCUGCUCCCAGAGGGACAGAUCACCCGGCUCAUCAGACAGACCCUGGAGGGUGUCCACCACCUGCACCAGAGGAGCCUAGUGCACCUGGACCUCAAGCCCCAGAACAUCCUGCUGACCAGCCUGUCUCCUCUGGGGGAUAUCAAGAUUGUGGACUUCGGCCUGGCUCGCAGGCUGGGCAUGGUAGGAGAACUCAGAGAGAUCCUGGGCACGCCUGAAUACGUGGCACCAGAGAUCCUGAAUUAUGAACCCAUCACCACGGCAACGGAUCUAUGGAGUGUGGGGGUUAUCGCCUUCAUGCUGGUGACGGGCGAGUCACCGUUUGCGGGGGACGACAAGCAGGAGACGUAUCUCAACGUGUCCCAGGUCAACGUAGACUACAGCAAGGACAGCUUCUCCAGGGUGUCGGAGCUGGCUGUGGACUUCAUACGGCAGCUGCUGGUUAAGACCCCCGAGGACCGUCCCAGCGCGGCAGACUGCAUGGCCCACCCCUGGCUGUGGCAGCAGCAGUACAUGGGCCCUGAGCUUCCUGUCACGCCCAGAGCAUUCCGCGAGCGCAGCUCCGGGGUCAAGUGGGCAGCCCCGCCUGAGGACCGCGAGGACAAGGAGAACUUCCUGGACUCGCCGUUCGCACACGCCAAGAAGUUCCGCUUCGACGAGGAAACGUCCGCCGCAGGCGGGGAAGGGGAUUUCUGAGAGAGGGGGGGAUGGGGGGGGGGGGGGGGGGGGAGAGGGGACGUGGGAGGGUGCCUCGUUCUACCCUUCACACUUUUAAUGGUUUUACGUCCACAGAAACCAGUUGGCCACAGCUUACCCACCCAACAGCACUUCAGGCCUGUUCUCAACCCUACCCUCAAUUGUCCAGAAGGAGAGAGAGAGAGAGAGAAAAAGUGCCCAGCCAAACCAAAGAUAACCAGCUAAAACUGAGAUCUAACAUUGAUCUAACACUGCUUAAGUGUUUCUGGUAUUUAUGUUUUCAAAUAAUGCUGUGUUUAAGAUAAGUAAGCGUGUAUUUUUAGUGUCUUUCUAUUUCCAGUGCAUUGUUUUCCCUGCUUUGUGGGAUUUUCUUUUGUCCCUCUAAAAAUGACAGAUAUUUAUAUAACUCAAGGGAAAUCUAUGCAAUACCACUCUUCCACUGAAAGGCAUUUUAAAGUAAACUUAAAAAACUAAGAAACAGAUUUUACCCUUCACCUAUUGGUUAGUGAAAUGUCACAGUAUGUGUUCCUUAGUCCCAGAAUAGUGUUAAGGGCUUAACUUGCAAUAAGCUCAACAGAAUUUUAGGAGAAAUAGAAAUAAAAAUGUAGCUGAGUCAUUUUAAGGAUGUGAAAGUAUGUCCUCAUAGUAUUUAAUUAAUGUUUGUGUUUCCAGUGCUGGGCUUUCUACUAAAGCACAUUUCAGGCUUGAGGCAAAGCCAACACAAAGCCUAUUACAUUCCGUCCAUGGUGUUUUCUUCCACAGAUCUCACACCACAAUUUGAAAGUGAAAUUACAUCAUGAAUAUUUCUGAUGGCUUUACAUAAGUAAACUGCCUAGAUAUACUGGUAUAUAUUACAUUCCUUGUUUACCAAACACUCCUCUGGUUUAGGGUUCCAUAGCUGUAAACCAGGGAUCAUAAGAGCUGUUCAAAUGACUCACCUUGCCAUGCACACACACCCAAACCAUUCUUACGCAAAAGGACAUGUUUGGUCCUCCCCCUAAAUGUUGGUUCACUUCCUCUCCCUCAGUUGCAGGGAGGGCUGUGACUUCAGCACCUAACUAUUUACUUUACCCUCCAUGUCUUUCACUGAUCUUCUAGUGGGAUCUUUGGGGGUUUUAGAUUACAUCUGCUACCAAGUCUCUGGGGUAGUACACAUGAUUAUCUUUUUCUGUCAUUCACCAAAGCCAUGUGAUUAGGGUUCUGUCAAACGGCAUUAAGACCUACUGUAUCGCUCCAAGGGGCCAGUGGUCGUUGAGAUAUGUGGAAGUUUUGUGGUAUAAUUUGGGAAUAUAGUGUUUCUGUGGUUCAGCUGUGCAACCUUUUCCCUUCACUGUUUUCAACUCAGGGCAAAUUGUCUCACUCUAGUCUUUAUGUGCCUCUUUCUAUUUACUUUUUACAUAUUUUGUAUUCUAAUAUGAUUCUCAAUAUAUUUAUAUAAUGGAAUGAUUUUUGUUUAUAUUGAUGUAAACAAUGUGUGUAUGUUUGUGUAUAACAGGUUUAAGUAAUGGGUAGGUUAUGAUCACCUCAACAGAGUUAAGCCCUGUUCACAACUAAAUCUUAUUUAAAUGUUGGUAUUGAGAUGCAAGGAAAUGUAUGGUGAGGAAUAAUCACAAAAUGGUUUUUGGAAAGUGUUUAAUGGUGAGUUUAGGAGCGAAGAGAUGUUUUGGAUGUUGAUAUGAAGAUGUUUGAAGUUGGUAUUGAGUUUGAACAGGUUUUAUUAUGGAGGUGAAAUGUGUUAGUGAGGACAUGAAAUGUGGAAGUGUUAUGGAGAUGGAUCUGAACAGAACCAACAUAAGGUUCGGUUAGUUGUUUUGAGAUAAAUACUGGUGGUCUUAGUGACGAACAAGCACAAACGUUUAAAUAGAGGUGCUCUUAGUAACACCCUUUUUUGAGUAUGAGAGAAUGAAAUCCCACUCUUAAAAAAAGAAAAAGAAAGAAAAGCCUUGGAAAACAUUUAGAACCAAACUAGAAGGCUCUUCGCCGGCAUGGAGCCCAACAUCCUUUAGUUCAGAGGUGCCAAAACCAAAGACCACAUUGUUCCUGUUAGUUGUGGUCAUCUUCAAGGUUCCCCAGAGAUGUCACCGCCUGGCACAAACAACGGCCUUUGUCUCAGAGCCGGGCGUCCCUGGUCACGACCAGAAUCUCCACCAUGCCGUCACUCUGAGGGCAUCAGGAGCAGCGAUGCGUCGACCCAGAAGGGACGCUUCACCCCUCUGUUGACAGACGCACUGUUCUCCAGUCCGUGCCACACGUGAGCGUCGCCGGAGCGAGUGCUGGGACUCUACUUGAACAACGCUUCAUUAUGCUGGAGGUGUUUGAGCUGCAGGGUGGGCAGCGGACCAACCCACUGAAAGGGCCUCUAGUGGGUUCGUUUUUUUGUGAGGUGCUGGGAUUUGCACUCUUACGUUCCUGUAGUGAGGAGGCUGAAGGAUAACGCUUGAGGUUAACUUAUACCAGGCAGAAGCACAAGCAGAUAACUGUUAGAAAGAGAUGUUUAUUUCCUGUUUUUUGUUUGUUUUUUAGACCCUUUUAAUGUAUAUAUGGUUUGAUUUGCAUUUGAAAAGAUUUCAUGAUUUAUUGAAAAAAAAAAAAAAAAAAAAAUUCUUGUAUUCUGAUCAACUACAAGCUAAUAUUUAGGAGUCCUUUACAGAAAACUGGAACGCUCAUUAAAGAUUAUAGAACACA